ACUAGUUCGUCAGGGUAGCGGUUGCAGGGCCCAGACUCCGUUUCCCGGUGUGCCACACGGUGGCGCGGUGUACAACGGGUGUUGUAGUCCGGCCGCUCCUCUGACUGGUCCAGCUACAUCGACCGGCAGGAUGUCGGAGGUGCGCCUGCCACCGUUACGCGCCCUGGACGACUUCGUUCUGGGGUCGGCGCGUCUGGCGGCCCCGGAUCCACGCGACCCGCAGCGAUGGUGCCACCGCGUCAUCAACAACCUUCUCUACUAUCAAACCAACUACCUUAUCUGCUUCGGCCUCGGUCUCGCUCUGGCCGGGUACGUGCGCCCGCUGCACACCCUCCUAAGCGCGCUGGUAGUGGCGGUGGCCCUUGGCAUGCUGGUGUGGGCGGCUGAGACUCGAGCAGCCAUGCGCCGCUGCCGUCGCAGCCACCCAGCCGCCUGCCUGGCUGCAGUGCUUGCCGUCAGCCUCCUCAUUCUCUGGGCCGCGGGCGGCGCUUGCACCUUCCUGCUCAGCAUCGCCGGGCCCGUGCUUCUGAUCCUCGUGCACGCGUCACUGCGCCUGCGCAACCUCAAGAACAAGAUUGAGAACCAGAUCGAGAGCAUUGGUCUCAAGCGGACGCCAAUGGGGUUGCUGCUGGAGGCGCUGGGACAAGAACAGGAGGCUGGAUCCUAGUGCCCUGGGAUCUGUACCCGAGACAUGGAGAAUGCCAUCACCACCCUGGCCCAGACCCAGAGCCCUUUCCCAGUCCUUAAAAUAGGAGCCCCUGCCCAGUUCAAAAAACAGGACAACUGCAACCCUUCCCCCAUGUCCCAAACUGGGAUAUUCCCUCAUACCUAGCCCCCCAGUUUAGGAAACUAGAGUCUUCCCAGCCCUGAACUUGAGAACCAGAGACACCCACAUCCAGCCCAAAACUGGGGCUUGGAGACCACAGCAUCCAUGACCAACCUCAAACUCUGGGCCCAGAGACACUCCCCCCCCAACCCCAAUCUGGGACUCACCUAUCUCCCAUGCUCAGCCCCAAAGCUGGGGACUGGGACCAAGGCAUUCUCAGAUCUUGAAUCCUGGACCAAGGCUUUUCCAGACCCCACCCCAGCUUUGAACCCAGGAUCCAAGUGUUCUCAGCCCCCAUCUGGGUGGAGGAUUCAGGUGUCCUGACCCAGUUGAACCCUUGGUCCCAGGUGACCCCAACACUCACAAGUCCCACUUGCCUCCCUCUAGCUCUGCUUAGGGAUUCUGCCACUCCCCAGCCCACCCCCCACAAAGUUCCACAGCGACAAGGACCAAGGGGUAGGGUGGGGUGGUGUGGGGUAGGGGUAGCCCUGACCAGGAAUGGGGCAUAUAUAUCAGUGUUGCUACAACAAUAAAGGCUGUUGCAUUGCUCAAG